UCUCCGAGGCCGUGGCGGGAUUGGUUCCUCUUCUGGGCUCGUCGGCUACUCUCCACCCACCGGGUCGGACCCCGAGCCUUUCCCUUCGGGGCGGGGCCUUCCUAACAGCUAACUCCUUUCCAGAUGAAGGAUGACCCCAGUACGCAGACCCCCCCCAACCCCCAUGGGAUCCCAGGAUUGACCCUCCUUAGGGUAGGAGAGAGCAUGGCAAGCUUUUAGACUCUCCUCCCUGCACCCCCAGGAGAGGAGCUGAGUCUUCCCUCUCGGGUGUCUGCAGCUCAGCACGCGCCUGCACCUGACGCACUGUGAGGCUGAUUAUCUUGUACGCCUGACCCACUGGGAAAAUCCUGGAGAGAAAAGGAGACUAUCUUAAAACAGCUGUGCUACGAGCGGGCUCGGAGAAGCGAGGAGCAGAAGAAACUCUAAAAUUCUGGAAAUAGCGACUCCGUAUCAUGGCCAGCAACCUUAAUGAAGAUCCAGAAGGAAGCAGAAUCACUUAUGUGAAAGGAGACCUUUUCGCAUGCCCGAAAACAGACUCUCUAGCCCACUGUAUCAGUGAGGACUGCCGCAUGGGCGCUGGGAUAGCUGUUCUUUUUAAGAAGAAAUUUGGAGGAAUGCAGGAUCUCAUAAAUCAACAAAAGAAGUCUGGAGAAGUGGCUGUUCUGAAGAGAGAUGGGCGAUACAUAUAUUACUUGAUUACAAAGAAACGAGCUUCACACAAGCCCACGUAUGAAAACUUACAGAAGAGUUUAGAGGCCAUGAAGUCCCAUUGUUUGAAAAACGGAGUCACUGACCUCUCCAUGCCCAGGCAAGGCGCUCUAAAGGCCCUAACUGAAGAUUGAGUUGAUUGGAUUGGUUGUGGUCUCGAUCGAUUGCAGUGGGAAAACGUAUCUGCGAUGAUUGAAGAGGUGUUUGAGGCAACAGACAUCAAAAUCACCGUGUACACACUCUGAACAGAUGAAGAGUUUACAUGGGCCCAUGAUCUGUGUCAUCCCUUCUUGGCCAUAGGACUGAGCAAGCUGACCUUAAAAUGGGCAGAGGAAGAUCUUGGUUUGAGUCUGCAUCAUGGGCUGGAUGAGGCUUUCUGGAUUCCACUAUUUGGAGGAUACUGCUUGGGAUACAUUGCUGUGCUUUUUGCAGGAGGGUGAGGGUUCAAGGCCUGACACUAGGCCAGGAAACUAGCUGGUGAUGCCCAUGUAUCCUGUUUUGCUCUAGUUUACUACCUGGGUUGUUUGGGUGGACACUAGAUGGCAGCAUUGAUCCUAAUUCUGCUUUUUGGAGAAAUUUCAGGAAAGGGUAAACUUUUGAGAUAUUUUGGCAUCUUUUUGUCAUUUGUAUACUUAGUGGUGUUCUAAUGGUCCUCCAAAUCAUCAUAAGAAACAUGGGUUGGUUUGUUUUAAUUACAAAUUUGGGUCUAUGCUGUCGCUAGGACUGUGGUGAUGAGUGGAACAAUAAAUUUCUUGGGGUUCACUGGG